UAGACAUUUGAAAUAAAACUAUUUUUAGAUUAUUUAUGCUGCAUGUUGAACCUCGAUAUAAUGAAUGUAAACAAUAACAUUGACAGGAAAGCAAGUUGCCUUUUCUCUCUUCAUUAUCUCAAAAUUUAAAAAUUAUAUUAAUUUUUAAUAAAUCGCAUAAAGUUUUGGAUAUUAAAAAUGGUUGAACAAAAAAUGUGUCGUUUGUGUAUGACAAAAGAGAAUCUCACAAGCCUAUGGGGUAAGGCGGAUGGAGAGAAAAUAAGUGAAAAAAUAUUCUAUACUUGUGGAAUUAAGAUUAUUUCAACCGAUCCUUUUCCAAAAUUUAUUUGCCAUCAGUGCUUGUCAUUCAUAAUCAUUGGAUCAUCAUUUAAAAGAAAAAGCUUAGAGACGGAGAAAAUUAUGAAGGAUCAAUUCGAAAGAGAGGUCGAAAGCAUAAGUCUCAUAAAUGAAAAAGAGGAUCAUGAACAAGAUGAUCCAUUUUAUACUGACACGCGUGACACAAUAAGAAACAAAUUUUUAAUUUAUGAAGAAAAUCCAGAGAAUGAUGACCAACCGAAAAUAUCAUAUCACAUAACAGAGUCAAGUAUCAAAAUUCGAAAUACAAAACAUUUUGAAAAUCCUGAAUUGAAGAGUUUUUUGGAUGGAUAUUUAGCUGCUAAGCCUAAUCUAGAAAUAAUUAAAGUUGUGAAUCCUGAGACUAUUCAAGAGAUUGAAAAGGUUGUAGAUGAAAAUAAUGAGCUCAAAAAUCCAAUACGAAUAAAACGACCGCGUAAUGAAAUUGUACUGAAUUCUCCAGAAUCACAAGGCUCAUAUCAGAGAUCAAUGAAUGUCAAACAGAAGCCAUCAAGUCAAAUGAUGCAGCAUUCUAAAUUAUUAUCGGCUCUUGCAGGACAGCGAUUUUCAAAUGUUAAUAUAAACCGCAUUUCUUCAUCUCCACUAUUUAAUAAUCAAGAUAGUAACAAUUAUAAGAACUAGCAUAGGAUUUAAUUUAUAUUGUAUGUCUAAUUUUAAGUUUAUUUUUAUUGCUAAAAAAAUUAAAGAGAAAUUAGUAUUUUAAGUAUAAGAAAUAAAAAUU